AAACAACCACGCACACGUGCUGCGGCCACUGCGCUGCAACUCUCCUCCUCCCGCUGCGUUCGAACGAUGUCCCAGCCAGAGGAUCCCAAGGCUGCUAAUCGAGCUCGUUUUGAGCUGGAGCUAGAGUUCGUCCAAGCACUAGCUAACCCUUUCUAUCUCCAUUCGCUUGCCCAGCAAAAUAUUCUCAACCAACCCGCGUUUGUGAAUUUCCUCAAGUAUCUUCUAUAUUGGAAGGAGAAAGACUACGCGAGGUUCAUACACUACCCUCAUGCCUUACAUCACCUCGAGCUUCUUCAACACGCACUGUUCCGUUCCGAGAUCGGAAAGGACGAAUGGAGGGAGUAUCUGAAUCAAAAACAAUUCGAUCACUGGAGAACAUGGCGAGAGCCCUACAGGAUCACGCCCUCCCAAAUUGCGGCAGGGCUUCAGGACCAAGCACCGGCUACAACGGCAUGAGGUUCAGCUCAUGUCGUCGCUCCCGCAGCGCCCCAUGGUCCGCCCGUUAUGCUUCGACAUAAGUAGAGUUGGAACUCGGACCCUCCAUUUGCACUGCGCAGACGGGCCUCCUGGCAGACCAGGUCGUUUGUUCUAGACUUCGCGAGGUGUAUAAUGGGCGCAAGAUACCUGUAGCCGCGACACCGUUCAAAGUUUGGGCUCUUGCCAAUGAAGUAGUACACAGCGGUCGGCUUUCUCCGCUCGCCUUCGUCGGCAGGUAUUGUAUUUACUCCGGAAUUCACAGCCUUGUACAGUACGAUAACGCAACGUGAGAGCCCAUGUAAUUGUAUACACAAACGAUAGCUUGGAACGCCUACGAGUUC